AUGAGAAACCACACAGUAACAACAUUCCUCCUGCUGGGACUGACUGAUGACCCACAGCUGAAAGUUCUGAUUUUUAUCUUUCUUUUGUUUACCUACAUGUUGAGUGUAGCUGGGAACCUGACCAUUAUCUCCCUGACCGUCAUAGAUUGCCAUCUCAGAACCGCCGUGUACUUUUUUCUACAAAAUUUCUCUUUCCUAGAAAUCUCAUUCACAACUGCUUGUAUUCCCAGAUUUUUGUACAACCUAUCAACUGGUGACAGAAUCAUUACCUAUGAAGCUUGUGCUGUUCAAAUAUUCUUUACUUAUCUUUUUGGGAUAACAGAAUUUUUUCUUCUAGCCGCUAUGUCCUUUGACCGCUAUGUGGCCAUCUGCAAACCCUUGCAUUAUGUGACCAUCAUGAAUAACAGAGUCUGCAACAGGCUUAUCAUCAGCUCUUGGGUGGCUGGUUUGUUAAUCAUAAUCCCACCACUUAGCCUGGGCCUCGAUCUGGAAUUCUGUGACUCUAACGUCAUUGAUCACUUUUUCUGUGAUGCCACUCCUCUGCUAAAGAUAUCAUGCUCAGACACCUGGUUCAUAGAGCGAAUGAUUUUAGUCUGCGCUGUGUUGACUUUUAUCAUGACCCUGGUAUGUGUUGUUCUGUCCUACAUUUAUAUCAUCAUGACAAUUCUAAGACUGUCCUCUGCUCAACAGAAGACAAAGGCCUUUUCUACCUGUUCUUCCCACAUGAUCGUGGUUUCUAUCACCUAUGGCAGCUGCAUCUUCAUUUAUAUCAAACCUUCAGCAAAGGAAGAGGUGGCUCUUAACAAAGGAGUUUCCCUGCUCAUUUCUUCCAUUUCACCAAUGUUAAACCCAUUUAUUUAUACCCUAAGGAACAAGCAAGUGAAGAAAGCCUUGAAUGACUCAAUCAAAAGGCUUGCAUUCUUCUUAAGGAAAAGGAAAAAAGUG